CAAACCACCUGCCAGGUUUUACACACACACACACACACACACACACCUACACAGGCUGCAACAUGGGGAUCCGUAUCGAAUUGGAGAUUUUGGCAGUUUUGCUGUUACUGACCCCCAUUGCGAGUGAUGGUUCUCUGAUGUCCAAGUGCGAGCUGGUGAAUCAACUAAUGUCGAUUGUACCUGCAGAUGUGACGGACCGUCAAAACCUAGUGGCAAAGAUCGUGUGCCAUGCCGAGGAGACUUCUGGUUUUGACACCAGCACCGUCAACCAAGUCAAUCCACUGGAUCUCGUUGGAAAGCGCAAGACCAGAGCUGCCCCCAUUUCUAGCCGUCCCCCUAAGACCACUAACCCCCCUCCUAAAUCCGCCACCAGCCCACCUCCUAAAUCCGCCACUAACCCCCCUCCGAAAUCCUCCACUAGCCCACCUCCUAUAUCCACCACCAACCCACCUCCUAAAUCCGCCACUAACCCCCCUCGAAAAUCUGCCACUAGCCCACCUCCUAUAUCCUCCACCAACCGCCCUCCUAAACUCACCACUAGCCCCCCUCCUAAAUCCGCCACUAACCCCCCGCCUAACACCACACAGAUGCCUAAAGCCCAACCCAGAACUCCAUUGCCAAAGCUUCCUAGUACAACUCAUGAGCCCAUGUUCAACGAGACCGAGAAUCCAAUCGCCCCUCCACCCAACUCUUUGAAAACUGAGAAUGAAAUGAAUGAUGCGUACCCACCACUUCCUCCCAAUUUCAAUUCCACAUACAUGAAUCACAGUCAAAAAAUAGGCGUCAACGGACUGUGGACCCUAUACGGAGUGUUCCAGUUGGCUGAUCGUGUCGCCUGUAACUCGUCCAAAGACCUCUCCGUGAACAUCUGCAACAUGGACUGCAGUAAGCUGACCGAUGAUGACCUGGCUGAUGACAUCAACUGUGUCUUGACCAUCAUUAACAGCAAGCCCACAAGGAAGGGAAUUCCUGGCAGACAGGAAGAGGCUAACAAGCUCAUCAGGAUCAUGAAAGACACUCUCAUGAACACUUGUGCCAACCAGGACUACUCUCAGUACCUCGCUAACUGUAUUGCUCCAUAAUCGCAACACGCUACACCUGAUCAGACCCUCAGCUGUCUUCCUUGCCAGAGAUGGGGCUAUUCUGGGCUUCUCUUAUCUUCUCUGAACGAAUCUAAAUCGUAUGACUGUAGUAAGGCUUUUAAAUGACUGUACGUUGGUCUGGUUUGCUUGAGUUACUUGUUGGAGAAUUGUUCAGGUGCAAUAUUAUCAAGUCAAGCCUUUUACUGUGAGCACUGAUGUAAGAAUGUCGAUGGUAGAGAGGUAGACGUACUCAGAAAUCAAAUACUAUUUUUUAUUUUCAAACAGCUGAUUGUUUUAAUGCAUGCUUUGGAAAGGUAAAAAAAAAAAAAAAAGAGAAAGGUUUAAUUAUCCUGCUAUGAUAGCAGAGAUGAAUAUAUUUAGAUUAGUAGGUUUAAUAUAUUUUAUUAUAUCAUUUCAUUUCACUGGGAAAAGGAUGUCUUUCACAUUGCCUAAACAGGAUAAUAAAUUUUGCUGAGUAGAUAUCCAAGUAAAUGUUCCUCUUGCCUUGUAUUUCAUUCUCAGACUGUUUAAUUUAACAAUUUACCACAGCGGAACUUAUUAGCAUGAUACAACAGCCGAUUAAGUUUAAUAACAUCGGACAGUUCAGUGAGCACCGUUCGGAGGACUGGUAUACAUGCCAUUCAUCCUAACAAAUCUGACCCAAACACCAAUCUAUAUAGUCUUAACUAGACUUUUCAAACGAGCUAACCAUUUAAAAACCAGGUUUCUGAGUGCAGGGGCACUUUAAGUGUUUGGAAAUAUCGGCACACUUUAAGGUUUCCAAUCACGUUAAUGGAGAACAACACUGUGAGUUUCAUUUGGAGUAAUAAAGAAUAUUUUUUUAAAAGAAUAUGUUUUCUAGUGAGGUCAGUAUCAAAGAAUAGACAAAAAAAAAAACAUUGUGGGUUUUAAGCUUUACUUAAAUUAUAGAAGCUCAGUACAUGGACUGUUUGAUACCGACGAGUAAAAAAGGCUUCAGAAACACUUUUCCAGACACUCCAGAUGAGGACGGGUUCCCUUCUGAGUCGGGUUCCUCUCAAGGUUUCUUCCUCUUAAAACAUCUUAGGGAGUUUUUCCUUGCCACCGUCGCCACUCAGUGGCUUGCUCAGUUGGGAUAAAUUCACACCUUUAAUAUCUGUAUACCGUGUUGAUAUUUCUGUAAAGCUGCUUUGAGACAAUGUCUAUUGUAAAAAGCGUUAUACAAAUAAAAUUGAAUUGACUUGAAUUGAA